UCUUUAUUUAGGAUCAACUCCCAGUACUGUACGUCACGUCACGCAAGAUGGUACUAAACAAAGAUGUCAAACUUGUUUCAUAGCGAAGGGACAGGAAAAGUAGAAAACGUUAUCAUCAGAUAAAUCUUUUUUUCAAUAGGGUUUUAACAAAUUUCGGGACUCUUAAGAUAUUUAGUUAGCAUUCUAGCUAAGUUUACACAGGAAUAAUUAGGGCGCAACGGUUAGUUUGGCGCUUUUAAAAACACGCUUAUUUUUAGCGUAUUAGCUCAUGGUACGAGCAGGGACGGCUUCUGGUGACGGAUGAAACAUUAAGCACCGUGAGUAACCAGCACUGCGCUUUUACUGAGACAUCUUUUUCUCACGUAAAAGAAGAAAAUUACCGACGACAGCAUCGGUACUGAACGGACAUCAUCUGCGCGUGACUCUUGAUUUCCGUCCCUACGCCGAGUAAACCUCGCCUCCUGUCCAAAUUACCUCCUGUGACUAGUUUUUAGAAAGAUGGCAGCUAAUAAACCCAAAGCACCGAACUCUCUGGCCCUGCACAAGGUGAUAAUGGUGGGCAGCGGUGGAGUGGGCAAAUCCGCACUCACACUCCAGUUCAUGUACGACGAGUUUGUGGAGGACUACGAGCCCACUAAAGCUGACAGCUACAGGAAGAAAGUGGUUUUGGAUGGAGAGGAGGUUCAGAUUGAUAUUCUGGACACGGCAGGGCAGGAAGACUACGCUGCCAUUCGGGAUAACUACUUCCGCAGUGGAGAGGGCUUCCUCUGUGUGUUCUCCAUCACAGAAUCUGAGUCUUUUGCUGCCACUGCUGACUUCAGAGAGCAGAUCCUACGAGUUAAGGAGGACGAGAACGUGCCCUUCCUGCUGGUCGGAAAUAAGUCUGACCUGGAGGACCGGAGGCAGGUGGGAGCAGAGGAAGCCAAAGCCCGAGCUGAACAGUGGGGCGUCAGCUGCGUGGAGACGUCGGCCAAAACCCGGGCCAACGUAGACAAGGUGUUUUUUGACCUCAUGCGAGGAAUAAGAGCCAGGAAAAUGGAGGAAGGCAAGGAGAACGGGAAAAACAAAAGGAAGAGUUUAAUGAAGAGGAUUCGGGAGAGAUGUUGUAUUUUAUAAUGACUGACUUGACUGCACAGUGAUGUCACUUCCUCCCAUUUAUAAUGUGUGUCUAAUUACAGCUCAUAUUAUUUGACGGUAUGUAUACGUGUACUUGAGACUUGGAACAAGUCUGAUGGCCAUCAGAUAUAUCAGAUAUGAAGCUGUUUCAUUUCAUUAUUUAAAUGUACAUAGGUCACUAUGACACUACUGUGGGUCUUUUUUGUUUUAUUUAUUUUUUCAAGCACACUGAGCACCCAGUACUUCCAUGAAAAUAUCACUUAGGCGAUUUUCACACUUGGAAUGUUUUUUAAACCGUCGGCUCAUAUAUUAGGCAUACUCUUACAAGAAGUGGAAGCCAACCAGUCAGAAUGUGGACACCUCGAAAAAGCAGUUUUGAAUGUUUCUCUGUCAGAGCUGAGCACUUAUAUUGUUGAAGAUACCUAAUAGUAAAUUGCAGCAUGAGGCAAACAGGCGUUGUGACGACUUGACCAAAUCAGAGAAAUAGAAAAUCAAACGUUGAGGACAGUGCAGGAGAAAAAAAUAAUCUGCGAUGAAUAUUAAGCACUCUCUUUUUCGGAUGUUCACCAGUAUGCAGUGUGACUUCACACACUUGAGUUUCUGCCUCCAAAGUUACAACAAACGUAAACAACCUUGUCAGCAGAGUUAUGCCAGUCUUUAAUUCAUCAGCAUUAUUAAUUAGUAAAUUUAAUCUAAACAGCUGAUACUAGCUAGGACAGGUGUGACUGUCGGCUUUUUUGGGUAGAAAUGAGCGGAACUUAAAAUAUCCCUUGACCAUGUAUUGAUCGACAACAAAAUUUAAUCAGUUCGUCACAUAAAAGCAAAUCUACAAAACUACAUUUAAGGACUAAUUUUGAGGUGAUUGACUGAGGAGACUUUCCCAACAAAGGACUGAGUGAGACACAGAAAUCCUAAUAGACAGAGAAAUCCUAGACAGACAAAAAAAAAAAAAAACAGGCUUUAAGUUCCUGUUCAUGAAGGUGUGCGUAACAUCUCUGCGUGACCAACAGGGAAGACGCUAUGGAAGUAAAACUUUGACCUUGAAGCUGCUGGGCUCACUACCAAAGUCAAAUCAGUUCAUGUGCUGGAGGCAUAAAAAAACACCAAGUGUGAACACAGCCUUAGUUCAGUACACGGGUUUGAGGUUAUUUGGGUUUUGUGUGUACUUUACAGAAGGGUAUAGAGCAAACGCAAGCAUCCUCCUUACACAAGCUUUUAAAAAGCAGAUAUUAAAUGAAGAGAAACUUUGAUCUGUGGUGAGGUCACUGUUCUGUGUGAAAUAUGAAGAUCAGUAAAGUAAAACAAGUGCCUUGACUUAAAAUCUCUAAAGCACUAAAAUAAAGGAAGUUUUUAAUGUGACAUGAAAGUUUCAGGCAGAAAAACUAUUAAAGUUUAUCUCACACUAGAUUAGGAGCUGAAAGCUCUAUAUUCAGCACCAAGCUUUUAUAAACUUUACUUACCUCAGCACACUGAGCAAGAUUAAUGAGGUAGGAGUGCCUCAAGUGUGUGUGUGUGUGUGUGUGUGUGUGUGUGUGUGUAUGUAAGAGAGAGAGAGAGA